CCCAUUCAACCUAAUUAAUCAAUCAUGGAAGACAAUGAAGAUUGUUUUGCUAGAAAACCCUCAAACAACGUUGGACUUCUUCCGAAGAAGUCCAACGUUGGGAGGUCAAGGAAAGGGUGCAUGAGGGGAAAGGGCGGCCCGGAAAACGCUCUCUGCACUUUCCGGGGCGUCAGGCAGCGCACUUGGGGAAAAUGGGUGGCCGAGAUCCGCGAGCCCAACCGCGGGGCCCGCGUCUGGCUCGGGACGUUCAACACGUCCCUCGAGGCGGCCCGGGCCUACGACGAGGCCGCCAGGAAACUCUACGGCCCGUCCGCCAAGCUCAACCUCCUCCCGGCGGCCUCCGCCGCCGCGGACGACCGCUCCUCCUCCUCCCCGGCCUCGUCCACUGUCACCGGGCCCCACGUCUCCGGCGAGGCCUACUUUUCGUCCUCGGCGACGGUGUUGGAGUGUUACGCCGAGGAGUGCUCGGUGCUCGACGAGGCUUCGGUGUUCCGGGACCGCAAUGGGAAGUAUUUGCUCUGGGAAACUCCGGCGCCGAGCUUGCUCGACGACGACGAAAAAAUAGAGGAUAACUACACCAUCAAAUAGAGGCGAUGGGGUUCAAGCUAAGAAGUGUUUAUGGUCACAUAAUUAAACUAAACUACCAUAAGCACGUACAGUCUUUGUUUUGGCGAACAAUAUAUAAAUUGGUACAAAAGUCGUGUAAAAAAAGCUUAUGUUAUUCCAAGAUUGUAAAUUUAAUAUAGCUUCUUACAAUUU